AUGUCGACUAAGCAAAAAACCUCAAACGAGCAAUCGAACACGCCAGUUUUUACUCUUACCGCCGCAGAUAUCACCAAAGCAAAAGAGAACUUAGGUGAUGAGACUCAAUACAAACACUUACUGGAAAACGGAUCGAACUUCAUCGAAUGGAAGAAGAACACCACCAGAGCUCUGAAGGCCUUGAUAGGCAUCAAAAACUACUGGGAUAACCCCUUACCGGUCUCGAACUACAUCGAACGUAAACGAGAUGGUCUUGCGAUGAGUGUCAUCAACAAGACAAUUCAUCAGACUCUUAAGGUCGUUACGGAUGAUGCCAAUACCGCGAACAACGCCAUGGACUCUCUUCAGAAUCACUUUAGAAAGGGAGGCCGUACUGCACAAUUUUCUCUAUUUGACAAGCUUAUUCAUCUGCGUCUCAAUCUGAAUGAAUCGGAAAUGAUCACUCAUAUGUCAAACAUUGACGCAAUCAUCUCGGAAAUUGAGUCAACUGGAUUCACUUGGACAUCGGAUUCAGUAAAAGGUUUAUUCUAUCAAAUUCACAUGCCUGCAGAAAUGACAAAGGAAAUCAACAAAGAGCUGGAUAAUAAGUAUGAUAAGAAAUCACCUAAUUUUAAACUUAAAGAUGUGAAGGCUGCAAUCCAAAUCUACUUAGCCCGAGAGAAGACAGCUUCUGAAACUAUCACAAUCAGUAAUUUGAGUACUCAAGUUGAAACUAUUCUCCAGCCAGUGAUUCAUGCCUUAUUGGAAACCUCAGAAAAUCAAUCCUAUGAGAUGGAAGCAAGGACCAGAGCCUUGGACAAAGCACGACAAAGAACGACAACAAUCGCAAGACUCCCCUAUGUCAACGCCCGCAUCUGCUGUCGGAGGAGUGAAGGCUGA